ACGGGCCAUGCGGUGAGCCAGCCCGCGCCCAGCCGGCCACGCGACGCCCGGCCCGAUCCCGACGCCUGCGAGCGCACUCCCGGACCGCGCCGCCCUUCCCCGACCUGCCGCCCAAGAUGGCCGGAGGCCGCGCCCUGCUGCUCGCUGCGCUCCUGCUCGCCGCCGCGCUGCCCGCCACGCUGGGGCUCUGGCCGCAGGUAAAGGAAAAGAGAGGCUGGACCCUGAACAGCGCCGGCUACCUUUUGGGCCCACAUGCCAUCGACAGCCACAGAUCCUUUAGCGACAAGCAUGGCCUGGCUGGCAAGCGGGAACUCCAGCCCGAGGAUGAAGUGAAGCCAGGAAGCCUUGACAGGUCGCUGCCUGAGAACAGUAUAGUGCGCACAGUAGUUGAGUUUCUGACUUUCUUGCAUCUCAAAGAGGCCGGAGCCCUCCACAGCCUGGCCGGUCUCCCCUCGGAGGUCUCCUCAGAAGACACAGAGCAGUCCUGAGAGGCUCUGUCCCCUGCGUCCCCUGUGUCCAUCUGCGCAUCAUCACCCUGGAAGACGUGGACACUCUGCUGGCUUAUGUGGAGUG